CUGCGUUGAUUUAAUAAACAAAAAUUAAUUGCUACGCAGAAGAAAAGCAUAACUUAAUUAAUUAGAAUUCCCACUUCACUAAGUAGCACCAACGCCCACGCUCUCCCACCGGCGCGUGACAAUUCCCCUCUGUUUAUCGUCUCAUUUUCUCUAUCUAUCUAGAUUUCAAUGACUGUGACUUCUUCGUCGAGGCGCCACCUUGACCACACCUCCGCCCGCACUCCAAUUUCCUAAUUUAUUAAGGAUUUUCAUAUAUAAAAAUUCACAAAACGAGAUAAAAUUGUAAGAAACUGGUGAAACGCCAGCCACUGUACACGUUAGCAUUCUGUGCAUCUACCGGUGAAGAUAUAUAUGGCGGAGCUGGCUCAAGCCGCCGCGGACGUUUACGCGCCGAGGAGUCUACCAGCUUGGAGGUCGCUGCUGAGUUGGUUGGCUUUCUUUAUUCAGAUCUUCGUUCAGAUCGUUAGAGGAACGCCGUCUCUGAGUCAGGUACUUUCGUAUGUCGGCUUACGUAAUAGUAGCUCUUUCCUCUCUUCCCCGCCGCAGUUCAAGCCGCUGCCUAUUGUUGAACUGCCGGAGUCUCAGCUGCCCGAGGAGGCGCCGCCGCCGCCGCAGCAACCGUCUGUUGCUGUUUCCACCUUGCAAAUCGACGCCGGAAGAGUUCCGGAUGGUGAGGGCGAGCAACAUGUACGAAGACUCAAGGUGGUUCUUGAUUUGGAUGAAACUUUAGUUUGUGCAUAUGAGACAUCAAGUUUGCCCAAUAUCGUACGCACCCAGGCCACAGAGGCCGGAUUGAAGUGGUUUGAGCUUGAGUGCAUAUCUUCGGACAAGGAGUGCGACGGCAAACCCAAGAUCAACUAUGUCACAGUUUUUGAACGUCCUGGAUUGCACGACUUUUUAAAAGAACUCAGUGAAUUUGCCGAUCUUGUCUUGUUUACUGCUGGGCUUGAAGGCUAUGCAAGGCCCCUUGUUGACAAAAUUGAUCUCGGGAAUCGAUUUAGCCUGAGACUUUAUCGACCUUCAACAACUAGCACGUCAGUAUUGCUUCUAUUCUUAUGUUUUUUCUUUUUCCUGUUUAGUGGCUAAUUCCAAAUGUGAGGU